AUGGCGCAGGAGUUGAACAACUCGAUAUCAUCCAAACACCUCAAAAAUGGCGACAGUUCAGGCUAUCCCCCCGGCAAGACCCUCAUCGACGUUCUGAAGAGGUCCUUCACCAAUGUCCCCGUCGAUGCCGCCAACGGCAACGCCGUCUCGACCUCGGAGUUUCUCGAGGCCGCUGAGGCCUUGACCUACAUGUUUGAUGUCCUCGGCUCCCUUGCCUUCUCGCCUGUGAAGAAGGACAUGCUCUUCAACGUCCAGAAGAUUCGUGAGCGCCAGCUCGCUGCCCCCGCCGAGUCGGAGAACAUUCAGGACCUCUGCCGCAAUGAGCUCAAGACCAAGAAGCACUCGGCCACCGAGGCCCUCCUCUGGUUGGUCCGAGGUCUCGAUUUCACCUGCCGUGCUCUCCUCGUCAACCUCAAGGAUCCCAAGCAAGAACUCGCCGACUCCUUCCGCGCGUCCUACACCGAGACUCUUAAGCCCUUCCACUCCUUCCUCGUCAAGCCCAUCUUCUCUGCCGCCAUGAGCGCGUGCCCUUACCGCAAGGACUUCUACGUCAAGAUGGGCGAUGACCAGGCCAAGGUCGAGGAGGACCUCAAGGCCUACCUCGAUGCCCUCGAGAAGAUUGUUGCCAUCCUUCAGGCUUUCUUGGCUUCCAAGGAGGCUAAGUGGUAA